AUGAUAGCGAUAGAAGGCAUCCCACCAAGCAUGUACAACGGCAUGGAAACAUUCAACGUUUCGACCUCAACGACUGGCCAUCAUGCUGCCACCGGCCCUGGCGGAAUUGGCUUAAUCGGAGCGAAUAACCGACGGCCGAUGAACGAAUCGUCACAUCCCCAUUCGAAUACACAUCCACAUUUUCAUCAAAACAACAUUUCGGCUCAACAACAACAAUUACUACAGCAGCAGCAGCACGAAGCGACUACAUCUGGCGGGUGGAGUCAGAAAUUAAAACACCGAAAAGAAUAUACGGUUCUGAAAAAGGUCGUUCGGGUGUUACAAGAUAACCGAGAUACCGACAACGAAGCAUCUCAAAGGUUACAUCGCCAUAAUAAUAACAACGGCAAUGGUGAUAAUGAUGCAGCAUGCGUGGUCGCAUCAUUUGAUUACCCUACUAAAUAA